AUGGAGUGUAUUACAGGUCGAAACUUGGCAGCAAUGGCGGUUUCAGUAUGCCCAACAGUCAACUUAUCAAGAAGAAAGAGAGUGAGAAGCAAAAUGGGUUAUUUUCCAAUAGAUACGUAUGGUUUGUGUAUAUCAAAGACUUCAUUUAAAGUGAGGUGUGGGGGUACAAGUGCUGGAAGCGAUAGUUGUGUGGCUUUGCCUGUAAAAGAAGAUUUUGCUGAUGAAGAAGACUAUAUAAAGGCUGGUGGGUCUGAGCUUUUGUUUGUUCAAAUGCAGCAGAACAAACACAUGGAUCAACAGUCUAAGUUUUCUGAUAAGUUACCGAGAAUACUGGGUGAUGAUAUAUUGGAUUUGGUGGUUAUUGGCUGUGGACCUGCUGGUCUUGCUCUCGCUGCUGAAUCAGCUAAGCUAGGAUUGAAUGUUGGACUUAUUGGACCAGAUCUUCCUUUCACAAAUAAUUAUGGUGUGUGGGAAGAUGAGUUCAAAGAUCUAGGCCUUGAACGUUGCAUUGAACAUGUCUGGCGGGAUACCAUAGUAUAUCUUGAUGAUGAUGAUCCUAUUUUUAUUGGUCGUGCAUAUGGACGAGUCAGUCGCCAUUUGCUCCAUGAGGAGUUACUGAAGAGGUGUGUCGAGUCAGGUGUUUCAUAUCUUAGCACAAAAGUGGAAAAUAUUGUUGAAGCCUCAGGUGGCCAUAGACUUGUAGAGUGUGAAGGCGAUAUUGUGAUUCCUUGCAGGCUUGCCACUGUUGCAUCUGGAGCAGCCUCGGGGAAACUCUUACAGUAUGAAGUGGGGGGUCCACGGGUUUCUGUACAGACAGCUUAUGGCGUCGAGGUUGAGGUGGAAAACAAUCCGUACGACCUGAACCUGAUGGUUUUUAUGGAUUACAGAGACUGCAUUAAACGCGAAGUUCAAGGCUUAGAAGCACAAUAUCCAACAUUUCUUUAUGCAAUGCCCAUGUCACCAACAAGAGUUUUCUUUGAGGAAACCUGUUUGGCAUCAAAAGAUGCCAUGCCUUUUGAACUAUUGAGGGAUAAGCUUAUGACAAGAUUAGAGACGAUGGGUGUCCGGAUUAUAAAAACUUAUGAAGAGGAAUGGUCUUACAUUCCCGUGGGUGGAUCAUUGCCAAGUACAGAGCAAAAGAACCUUGCAUUUGGUGCUGCUGCUAGCAUGGUCCAUCCGGCCACAGGUUAUUCAGUUGUCAGAUCAUUGUCGGAGGCUCCAAAAUAUGCAUCUGCCAUUGCAAAUAUUUUGAAACAACAUCAUGACAAGAACAUGCUUAUCACUGCAGGGAUUACAGAGAAUAUCUCAAUCCAAGCUUGGAAUACCCUUUGGCCACAAGAAAGGAAAAGACAACGAGCUUUUUUCCUAUUCGGAUUAGCACUCAUACUACAACUGGAUACUGAGGGGAUAAGGACAUUCUUCCACACAUUUUUCCGUUUACCAACUUGGAUGUCGCAAGGAUUUCUUGGCUCGACUCUAUCGUCAGCAGACCUCGUAUUAUUUGCAUUUUAUAUGUUUGUUAUAGCUCCAAAUGAUCUGAGAAAAAGCCUUAUCAAACAUCUGAUAGCUGAUCCUACUGGUGCAACUAUGGUAAGGACUUAUCUUACAAUAUAG